GCUGGCACAGAGUGAGUGUUCAGAGUAAGGCUGGAUCAUCUCUACCUCACCUGUCAUCUCCUGUCCUGUUCCGACACUUUUUUUUUUUAGUAUAUUGCUUGCUCUACUGGUAGAUUAAACACAAAGUCAGGAUGCUAGAUGCGAUUUAGAUCCAGUCAGACAGAACAUGUGAUUCCUUAGCUGUCUUCAUUUCAUUAUUAUUCCAUAUUCAGAUUUCUUUAGAAGGAUGGUGCUCUAUAAGGGAUUAAUAGUUCACUACUACUCUACCACUUUGUGAUCCUCUGUUCAUGACUUGGACCUCUGGACUGGAUAUCAUGAUGCUCCUGUGCUCCUAUGUGUGUAUGUUUCGUAAGUGAAUCAAGUGAGCCUAUCAGAGACAGUGUCCUCAUCUCAUGUGCAUGAGGUUGCACGACUGAUUUAAAGAACCAUGGGGAACGCUUCAGGCGGCAUGGAGGUGUCGCCCAGCCGAGAAGUGAGAGGGGCCCAAAACUCUUUCAGCCUCGGGGGCUUGAAACAACCUCCUGGACCUAAGCUGCCCCUGCCUUCAGAAGAGGAGCUGGAGGAGAGGUUCAGCUUGGUCCUGAACUCCAUGAACCUGCCUCCUGAUAAAGUGAAACUGCUCCUCCAGUACGACAGCGAGAAGAAAUGGGAGUUAGUCUGUGACCAGGAGCGCUUUCAGGUAAAGAAUCCACCAUCGGCCUACGUGCAGAAACUCAAGAGCUUUUUAGAGCAAGGAGGCAGCAGGAAGUUUAAGAGACGUGUACAAGAGGCCACCCAAGUCUUGAGAGAACUGGAAAUAUCCUUAAGGACCAAUCACAUUGGCUGGGCUCAAGAAUUUCUCAAUGAGGAGAACAAGGGGUUGGAUGUUCUAGUCGAGUAUCUUUCCUUUGCCCAGCGCGCUGUGCCGUAUGACUUGGACUGCAUGGAUAAUGGGAGCUUUGACGAGAAAUCGGCAGAAGACGGGACAUCAAGUGCCACUAACUCCCCUACUCACAAUUCUUCACACACCAACCGCUCCUACGCAGCACGAUUGAACUCUUUCCACAACAGGAAGGCUCUGAGGAACUCACGCCUGCUCUGUCAGAAAGACCACCUGCACCUCUGCAUCAUGUGCCUCCGGGCCAUCAUGAACUACCAGUCAGGGUUCAAUCAGGUGAUGAGCCACCCAAACUGUGUCAAUGAGAUCACACUGAGCCUCAACACUAACAAUGCCAGAACUAAAGCCUUGGUUCUGGAGCUGCUGGCUGCUGUGUGUUUUGUCCGAGGAGGUCAUGACAUCAUCCUCUCAGCUUUCAGCAACUUUAAAGAGGUGUGUGGGGAGAAGAGCCGCUUCGAAAAGCUGAUGGCCUACUUCCGUAACGAAGAUGGUAACAUCGACUUCAUGGUGGCGUGCAUGCAGUUCAUCAAUAUCGUGGUGCAUUCUGUAGAAAACAUGAACUUCAGAGUUCAUCUGCAGUACGAGUUCACACAGCUGGGACUGGACGAUUACCUGGAGACAUUAAAAGUGAGUGAGAGUGAGAGAUUACAGGUCCAGGUCCAGGCAUAUCUAGAUAACUUGUUCGAUGUUGGAGCCCUGCUGGAGGACGCAGAGACCAAAAACGCCUUACUGGAGCACCUAGAAGAACUCCAGCAGAAUAACGCCGAGUUGAGCAGCAGGUUGCAGCAGUGUGAGAAUGAAGCAAUGGAAAAAGUGUCAGACCUGGAGAAACAGCUCAUUCACACCUCUAAGGAAGUGGAACUCCUAAAGGAGAGCCUCCGGGAAUCAUGCACGCAGAUCUCCACCCUUCAGCAGCGAGAGCGAGAACGAGAGAUGGCCAGAGAGCUGGAGAGGGAGAGAGAGAGGGACCGAGAGCGCUUAUCUAGGGCACUCGAGCAGAAGGUCCAGACACUUGUGGAGCAGGGGCUCAUCCGAAUGGAGCGCUCCGAGUCUGGAUCCGUGGACCUGAACGUCAUACACAAGGCAGGAAGCACACAACUACCUCAUGCAGGUGAAAUCAUAGAUGAGAUUACUGAAGCAAAAGUUCCUGUAAGUGCAUCCUGUGCAAAGUCGCAACCUUCACCUCCAACUCCGCCCCCACCUCUGAUCCCCGCCCCUCCCCCACCACCUCCUCCCCCGCCUCCUCCACCUCUGAACACCUUUAGGACAGGUAUGAGGGAUAAGAAACCGAUCCAGACGAAAUAUCGCAUGCCGCUUUUUAACUGGCAGACGUUAAAGGACGAGCAGGUCGCUGGAACCGUCUUCACUGAACUGAAUGACGAAAACGUUUUAGCAGAGUUGGACAUGGAUACUUUCGAGGAACUGUUCAAGACGAAAGCUCAGUCUCCUCCCACCAGCAUCAGCACGCUGAAGAUGAAAGUCGCGCGGAAGUCUUCCAGUAAAAUCUCUCUGUUGGAGCCGAAUCGAGCCAAAAACCUGGCAAUCACUCUACGCAAAGGAGGCAUGGACGCCAACCAGAUCUGCACCGCCAUUGAGACGUAUAAUCUGAAGGCAUUAAGUCUGGAUUUUCUGGAGCAGUUGGAGCGUUUCAUCCCGUCAGACUACGAGCUGAAGUUGAUCCAAAAUUACGAGCGUGAUGGCCGCUCCGUGUUGGAGCUUUCUGAGGAAGACCGCUUCAUGGCCCAGUUUGGGAAAAUCCCACGACUCUGUCAGCGAAUCAACAUGCUCACGUUCAUGGGGAACUUCAGUGAGAGCGUCCAGCUCCUGCAGCCACAACUGAAUGCCAUCAUCGCUGCAUCCAUGUCCAUUAAAUCCUCCAGUAAACUGAAGAAAAUUCUGGAGAUCAUUCUUGCAUUUGGGAACUACAUGAACAGCGGGAAGAGGGGUGCGGUGUACGGCUUUCGCCUCCAGAGUCUCGAUCAGCUGCUGGACACAAAGUCAACAGAUCGCAGACAGACGCUGCUGCACUUCCUCGUCAGCAUCAUACAAGAGAAAUUUCCACAUCUACAUAACUUUCAUACUGAGCUGCACUUUAUGGACAAAGCAGCAAUGGUGUCUCUGGACAGCAUUUUAUUAGACGUGCGCGCACUGGAGAAAGGAAUGGAAGUGACUCGGAAAGAGUUUGAGGAACAGAAAGACAAUUCGAUCCUGAGGGAUUUCCUGUCCAACAAUAGCAGUCUGAUGGACGCCAUGGUUAAAGACGCGAAAACCGCCCAGGAGGUGUAUGAAUCACUGGUGGAGUACUUUGGAGAGAAUCCUAAAACUACUCCGCCUUCUAUGUUCUUCCUCAUAUUCAUUAGGUUCAUUAAAGCUUAUAAGAUGGCUGAACAGGAGAAUGAGCAAAGGAAGAGAGACAGUUUCAUCGGAGGUGAUGAGAAUAAAGAGACAGCCAUGUUGGACGCAGGCGAAAUGGGAAGCAAGGUGCCCAUGAUGCCGCGCUUGGUGCAGGUGGACCUGAUAGCAGAGCUGAAGCGAAGACAGGUGUCCCCUCUGAUGCGCGAGGGCAAGGACGGCACCAUUGAGGACAUCAUCACAGGUCUGAGAAAUCAGCCCUACAUAAGAGCCGAUGGGGGGAGACGCAGCUACAAAUGGAAACCGGCACAGAAGCUACAAGUGUCUUCAGAUAUCUCUCUCUAACACACACACACAGGCAUGUACACACAUGCAGAGAAUUUGACUUAUUUAUUUCUGCUACGUGAGUAAUAAAACAUAGUUUAACUGUACAAUCAACAAUCAAGAUUUGUCAAAUUCAGUGUCAGAGAUUGAUUGAUAAUUCGGACUCUUGCAUAAACUGGAUUUUAAUUCGCUGUAUUUAAAACAGCGCAUUGUGAUCGUCAUGCUUGCAAAGAUUUGAUUUUAAAAGAUUGUCCUUAUUCUGAUGUACAUUAAUGCCUCAAUAUAUUUUCAAUAAUGUUUGCUUAUGUACCGGUUGGAACGAAUAAGUGUUUUAUAUUGGGUACUCUUGCUUUAUGUAUAUGCAACCUAAAUAAAUAAUUCAAUAAAAGGCAUCCAAAGACAUACAGAUGGGCUUCAGUGAUUAGAAUAACUACACAUUAAUGGUCUGUAGUUAUAACACAGUUAUAACAUAGUUUUGACACAACAAUAAUAUGGUAAUACUCCUGCAUAGUUGUUACACAGUAAUAACAUAGCUAUGACAUUGUAAGAACAUGGUACCUGGACACGUAGUUAGCCCACAGAAAUAAUGUAGUUAUAACAUGGUAAUAACAUGGUAACAGUUAUGUGUGGUUAUAACAUAGUUAUAACAUAACACCUUUACAUGUGGUUAGACCAUGGUAAUAACAUAGUUAUAAGUGUGCAGUUAUAAAGAAGUAUUACAGACCACUGUAAUAACAGUUAUAACAUGGCAAUAACAUGGUAAUAAUUAUGUGUAGUUAUAAUGCAAUAAUAAUCAAAACCAGAAUCAGAAAUACUUUAUUAGCUACCAGUUGUGUGCACAAGAAUUGGCUUUUGUCUGGUGCCAGUGUGCAACAUUAAACAGUAAAACAUAACCAAAAAACAACCAAACAGAACCACAGUAAACACCAAAACAUACAGUACAGCAACAACAGACAGUACAACAAACAAACAAUACAGCAGGAUCAGACAGUGCAAUAGACACAAAUCAUACACUGGACAGACAAAGACAAUAAUAGUUAUAGUAUGCACAGAACACGCACAGGAACUCCACUCAGGAUUGAACCCAGGACCCUGGAGCUGUAAGGCGCCAACGCUGCUUGCUGACAAUUUGUGAAAGGAUCAUUUUAAAAAUAUAAUGUAUAGUUUUUAUUGUUUACUGCAUUUUUACAUUCAACCUUUUCCAGGACUGCUCAUUAUUCCUUUUCUGAUUACGUACAUAAAAAGCAAGCAAUAUUACAUGUGUCCUAAAACAUUACAUAAUAUUAUUUUUUAAUCAUUAUUAUAAUUUAGUAACAUUAUAUAAAAAAUAGAAAUUUACAGUAAAAUAUAUAUACUAUACAAUAUUAUAAAUUAUAUAAACACACUCACCGUCCAGUUUAUUCUUAGUAGGCGACAUUUUUUCAAUCUUCAACUGUCCAGUUUGGGUGAGCCUGUGGCCACUGUAGCUUCAGAGCCCUGUUCUUGGCUGACAGGAGUGUAAUGUCAUGUGUUCUUCUAAUGAUGUAGCCCAUCCACCACAAGAUUCAAUGUGCUGAGAUGCUUUUCUGCUCACCAUGGUGGUAAAGAGUGGUUAUUUGAGUUACCAUAGCCUUUUUGUCAGGUCAAACCAGCCUGGCCAUUCUCCUCUGACCUCUCUCAUCAACAAGGCCUUUCUACUCACAUAAAAUAUGCAUGAUUUUAUGCAUUGCACUUCUGCCACAUGAUUGGAUAACUGCAUGAAUGAGCAGGUGUACAUGUGUUCCUAUUAAAGUGGUGGGUGGGUGUAUUAAAUUAUAU